AUCGUCGAUGGCCAUGAUCGACCUCUCCAGGCAACUCUAGCAGCUUGGUAAUCGAAGAGUAUUGGCGAAAUAUGGUACUGCAGUGUUCACUCACAGAAUGACAUUCUUUUCAUCUCUUCCGCCAGAUACGCCGCAGGCGGCAGGGGCUCGCGACCCAGAGAUCUACCUCGAAAAACAGGGUGGCCCAGAACAGCGAAUCUCCGAGCAAGACUUGUAUCGAUACACCAGGCAUCGAUGGCUAUUCAAUGAAGAGUGCGAACUGUCAAAACGCUAUCUGAAAUUUAAUUUAGGCCAACUCCUCGAUGUCGCAGUCAAUGUUUGCGAUGGAGCCCGGUAUUGCACCAAAAUCACCAAAUGUGUCGAAGGCCUACAUAAUAAAGGCUUCACUCUGAGAAUGGAUAACGGAUCGGAGGUCUUUGCAAAACUUCGAAACCCGAAUGCCGGCCCUGCGCAUUUGUCCGUCGCCUCCGAGGUCGCCACGCGUGAGAUGCUUCGUGAUGUAUUUGAUCUUCCAAUUCCCAGGGUAUUGUCUUGGUCCUCGGAUGCAGGAAGCACUCCAGUCGAGGCCGAAUAUAUCAUUGAAGAAAAGGCUCCCGGCGUACGACUAGGUUCUGUCUGGCAUGAAUGGCCUCGGGAGCUCAAGCUACAGAUGAUAGUUCAAGUGGCGGAACUGGAGAACAAAUUGACCAUGGUUCGCUUUGACAAGCAUGGUUGCAUUUAUUUCAAAGAAGACUUGCGUUCCCUUGUUGGCCAAGCAGAAGACAUUCAUACACCAAACCUGGAAUCCGGCGUCCUUGAACGCUUUGCGAUUGGACCAUUAACCACCAACGAACUGUGGCGUGACACCAGGAAGGACAUGAAAUUCGAUCGCGGACCUUGGAAAGAUGCCACGGAAUACACUCGAGCAAUUGGACGAAAUGAAAUGGCAUGGAUCAAGAAACAUGCUACUCCCCGAACAAACCAUUACCGGCCAAAACCAAACAGAGAACUCCCUGAAGAUGGUAUCUCCCUCUUGGAGAAAUACAUGCAAAUAUCAUCCUAUCUUGUCCCCCAGCCGGGUGACGAACCAUCUUCCGCCAACUUUCUCUGGCACCCGGACCUUCACCUGGAUAACAUCUUCGUCAAUCCAGAUACCUGUCGGAUCACCCGCAUCGUUGACUGGCAAACAGCGUGCGUUACCCCGCUAUUCUACCAAGCGGGCGUUCCCAGGCUGUGCAGACACACUGGACCCGUCCGGGAAGGUUGGGUCGUCCCCGAACGCCCAGCAGAUUUCGAGAGCCUGCCCGAAGACGAGCAAAGACGGAUCGACGAUGACUUGGAGAGCGAAACCUUGCAUAAAUACUACGAGGCACAAGUAUACAAACGGUUCCCUCUGCAUUGGGCGGUCCUCCAGCAACGGACAAUACCAAUCCUCCGGAAACCUGUUUGGCUUGUGAGCGGCGUAUGGGAGAACCGCGACUUGUUUUUCCUUCGCGAGGCCCUCAUGGAUAUUACAACGCACUGGAGCGACUUCUUCCCGGAUAUCACCUGUCCGAUUGAGUUUAGCAGCGAGGACAUUGCGCGGCAUUCAAAGGAAGAGGAAAAUAUUAAAGGCGUGGGGGAAAUGAUGUUAAUGUUCCGGCAGCAGGCUGUGCUCCCUGUGGAUGGGAUGGUGGAUCCUGACGACUACGAGCUGGCGUGUGAGAACAAUCGGAAAUUCAAGGAGACUUUUAUCGGGUUGGCGCAGGAUGAGGAGGAGCGGGAGCUGUUUAGGAAUCUGUGGCCGUACCAAGAACCUGUAGAUACCUAACAUUGGACAAUCUAGCAUCGAGCGUAAUUCCAAGUUGGCCCGGUUACGGGCAUAUGUGAUGUGAGGGGGCGUAACGUGGAAAUGAGUUCGUAGGUUGAGUGCUCAUGCCAAGGUGAUAUUUGCAGCCGGGUAACAUUGUAUAUUCCGAAUAUUUGCCUCUUGACUGGAGUAACUCCGCCUUCAUAAAAUAUAUAACGUGUAUAUUGUUAAAUGAUACACCCA